CUCCUCGGAUGGACGUCAAAUCGGCCCGCCCCCCACCAGCUCUCCCUGUAGCUGCUCCCUCUCCGCCCACACGGAUGCUCCUCUCCGUGGCCUCCUCGCUCCAGUAUUCCUCGCGCGCAGCUCCACCUUGUUGGCUCUACACCCGAAAUACUGCGCAGGGCUCACAACUUCUCUCCAUCCUAAGCCAGGCUGCCGUCACCUCUCAUGAGAUGGUGCUCCAGGGCGUCGGACCAUGGCUAUUUCUUUCACUGCGAGUUCUCUCUGGUGGCUGACUCAGAUGCAGUAUUCAAUAAAGGCUACAGCCGGCCUGGUUGACCAUGGCCCUUUCUGUGGAGACCGAGUCGCACAUAUACCGAGCUCUGCGCACUGCAUCUGGGGCUGCUGCCCACAUUGUGGCUCUGGGCUUCACCAUCUUUGUGGCUGUACUUGCCAGGCCUGGCUCCAGUCUCUUCUCCUGGCACCCCGUGCUUAUGUCUCUGGCUUUCUCUUUCCUGAUGACCGAGGCACUGCUGGUGUUCUCUCCUGAGAGUUCGCUGCUGCGCUCCCUCUCACGGAAGGGCCGAGCACGCUGCCACUGGGUUCUGCAGCUGCUGGCCCUGCUGUGUGCACUGCUGGGCCUGGGCCUUGUCAUCCUUCAAAAGGAACAGCUUGGCAAAGCCCACCUGGCCACGUGGCAUGGGCGGGCAGGGCUGCUAGCUGUGCUGUGGGCAGGGCUGCAGUGCUCAGGUGGGGUGGGGCUGCUCUACCCCAAAUUGCUGCCUCGAUGGCCCCUGGCCAAGCUCAAGCUGUACCAUGCCACUUCUGGGUUGGUGGGCUACCUUCUGGGUAGUGCCAGCCUCUUGUUGGGCAUGUGCUCACUCUGGUUCACUGCCACAGUCACCGGUGGGGUCUGGUACCUGGCUGUGCUAUGCCCUGUCGUUACCAGCUUGGUCAUUAUGAACCAGGUGAGCAACGCCUACCUGUACCGCAAGAGGAUCCAGCCGUGAGCUCUUCCCAGAACUAGGGGAAGCCUGGAUUUGCCCCUCAGUGUGGUAGCCGGGGAUGAGACCUCCUGGACUCUCUCAGCUGACUCAGUCACGGGGCACCUCAGGCAAUGGUGCGGUCAGGGGUAGCCGGAGUCCUUUGUGUGACAUUAUUACUUGCUCCUCAUGCUGGAGUACCUCCCCUUUCCUUCUUUCUCUGCCAUCCCAGAGGAGUUUAUGGAUCAUGUGUCUGGAUGAAGUUGGGUUGCAAGACUGCCCCCUGCCCACAGCAACUCAACUUGUGCUGGUAUGUCCAGAAAUGAGAUAAGAGAAAAAACUAAAAUAAAAUUUUAAAAAAGA